CCCUCCCCUCGGUGCUGUGGCUUUCGCUUUCACUUCCUUGUCGGAGAGUCGACGGAUCUCCGGGGCUGAACGGUCAUGGCGUUACUGGAUCUGUGCGGAGGUGCUCGGGGGCAGCGGCCCGAGUGGGCUGCCCUGGGUGCAGAAAGAGGGUAUCGCUCGGACCCGGGACACUACAGUUUCUCUGUGCAAGCUCAGGAGCUCGCACUUCCCCGGGGGAUGCAGCCCACGGACUUCCUGAGGUCCUUUGGUGGUGACCAAGAAAGGAAUGUUCAGAUUGAGAUGGCCCAUGGCACAACCACACUAGCCUUCAAGUUCCAGCAUGGAGUCAUUGUGGCAGUAGAUUCCCGGGCCUCCGCGGGGACUUACAUCAGCACCUUAAGGGUAAACAAGGUGAUCGAGAUUAACCCUUACCUGCUCGGCACCAUGUCUGGCUGUGCGGCUGACUGUCAGUACUGGGAGAGGCUAUUGGCCAAGGAAUGCAGGCUGUACUACCUGCGAAAUGGGGAGCGCAUCUCCGUAUCUGCAGCCUCCAAACUGCUUUCCAACAUGAUGCUUCAGUACCGUGGCAUGGGCCUCUCCAUGGGCAGCAUGAUCUGUGGCUGGGACAAGAAGGGUCCAGGACUCUACUAUGUGGAUGAAAAUGGGACUCGUCUCUCAGGACAGAUGUUCUCCACUGGCAGCGGGAACAGCUAUGCCUAUGGGGUGAUGGACAGUGGUUACCGGCAGGAUCUCAGUCCGCAAGAGGCCUAUGACCUUGGCCGCAGGGCUAUUGUGCAUGCUACCCACAGAGACUGCUAUUCUGGAGGCGUUGUCAAUAUGUACCACAUGAAGGAAGAUGGUUGGGUGAAAGUGGAAAGUUCAGACGUCAGUGACCUGAUGCACAAGUACCGAGAUGCCAAUUAGUGAUGGUGGCGGCUGCUGGGCAGGUGGCUCCUGUGAGAAUGGUGGACUCAGGAGAAAGAAGGGCCCAACCAGGGCUGCAGACAGAAAGCCCAGAGGCCGUGGAGACUGCCAGGUUCACCUCUGUUUCACCGAGCACCCCAUUCUGGGAUGCCUUCUAAGUAUAAUAAAAGAAAACGGUUAUUACAUA